AUGAAAUCCAUCGUAAGUAUUUUUUUAAUUUUUUAUUUAACACGUGAAACAUAUUGUUGCGAUACAAAAUGGAUACGACUCGUUUACAUGAUGUCUUGUGGUAAGAAAAAAAGAGACAGCAGCACUUCGAGUUUUAAUGAAACUCUAUUGAGAAACAUGCCGUCGGAUUUUUAUGGUGCCGUUAAAUAUUUAAAAGAAAAUGAUCCACAAAAUCCCAUGUUUAAAGACGAUCAAUUUUUAUAUAGAAUAUUAGAAGAUGGCAUUCACGGUUUUCCGGAUCAGUGGGAAGUUGACGAAAUCAACGAUGAUAAAAUAAAUGAAAAUCAUCGGAGAAGUUCUAAAAUAGAUAAAUUGAUUGAAGAAUGUUGUAAAGUUCCUCCCGUUCUUCUUUCGCUAUCUUCUAAAAUGUUUAAACGUGGUAUAUUUCUCGGGGAAUCUUCUUCAACCUCAACCUCAUCUAUUUCCGUUAAUAUUCUAUGA